AUGACUAGCCCUCAGCCCCCCUCGGCCCUUGAUGGGCGUUGUUCAGCAAUUUACGACAACACUCUUUAUGUUUACACCCCUUCUGCAUUACUAUCGCUAUCGCUGGAGAGUGGUGCCGAUUGGAAUACAACGGAUGCCGGCCAAUCAGUGACGGACGCCGUCUGCGUCACGGGAAGCCUUGAUGGUACUUCCGAGAACCAAGGCUUAUACGUUGUCGGGGGCACCUCGGACAACUCGACGUAUUCUGGCCUUCAAAGAUAUUCUUUCAGCGAUAACACGUGGGAGUCAAUCAAUUUAAAUAUCGCCGAUUUGCAGAAUCGUGUCAAUCACAGUGCGAUAUACAUUCCCGGAACCUCUUCGAUUUUGGUCUACGCAGGUAGCAAUGAUGCAAAUGAGGAUGCUUCAACAUCGACAUACGAGAUCCCCAUCGACAACGGCUGGAUAGUACAAUCACGUUCGGACGGUGGUAGUCCAGCUGGUAUCCAGCCAUUUCUGCUACCUUGGGAUAACUCAACCGUGGUUUACGUGGGAGGCACUUCUACGAACACCGAGGUCUUUCUGUACCAUGGCAUGAGCGGCUGGAAUACCUCCCAGAUUUCUCUUGCCGAAGGCAUACCCUCUGACGCCGGCGUUGCCAUUUUAUCUAACAGUGACGGUAGCAAGAUUUUGGAGAUCUUCGACGUGACCACUUCUCCAAACAACGUUAGCUAUGUGGCUUUGUUGCAGACCGGCGGACAACCCGCAUAUCCAGGUGAAUCGGUGACAUUCGCAUCGACCUCGUCUUCGUCUGCAAAUAAAGAAAAGCGCGACUGGGGGAACAUGCCAGCGUAUAAUACCACUGAUGCCCCUUCGACCACUCGUACCAGUUUUUCGAUAGCUCAGUCCAGCAACGACCUAGUUGUGAUUUCAGGCGGCAGUGGCAACGAUUGCCUUAGCGUCUUCAACCAAACUCAGAAUAGCUGGGUCAAUACCACCAAACUUUUCUACAAUGGCGAUAGUGCAAGCCUUCAGAAGCCGCUAACCACAUCGACAUCAACUGCAUCAACAAGUGCAACAAGUGCAACAGCUACAACAUCGACAACUACCGCAGCGACUUCUGGUGGCACCAGCACCAGCACAGGUGUCAUUAUAGGUGCCACUCUCGGUAGUUUACUGGGUAUAGCUGCCAUCUUGAUCGUUCUCUUGGUGAUACUGCGCCGCCUACAUGGGAAAAAGGCCAGCUCGGGUGGUAAGGGUGGGCGCCGAUUCGGCUCUCAAGAUAAAGACCGCCUGAGCUUUGAAGAUCAAGGCAUUGAGCCCCUAACAAUGGCUGCCGUCCCCAUGGCUCGAAGCAAUGUUCACUCAGCCGUGGAUUCUCUUAACAUGAUAUCUGGAAAAUUUGCAAACGACUACCGCUCAUCUAUGGCGGCGGGGAAUGGAGUUGGCACUCGAUCAUUAGUUCCACCGGCUAAAAGUCCUAUGCCAACAAUUGCCUCGAGUCGAGCAGAUAUAGACGAAAAGGAGGUUAUGAUGCUUUCUACCGAAUCUAAUCGCCCAAAGGGCGAUCGAAGCACUGACGAAGGUUGGGGCAAGUAUUUCCAGGAUACGAAAGCCACGGAUUCUCCUCGCACCACGAUGAACUCGGACAUUUCUGAUAUGACCAAAUCUGACUACCGAAGUAGCAUGUGGCCUCACCAAAUGCCAGAAGCAACAUCUAUUGCUCUAGGUGCAUUAAGCGGACCCAAGCCAUUGGGUCAAGUCUCUUCUGGGAGUCCCAGUACAGAGCAUUUACCGAUGUCCGGAAACAGCCAUCUACAUCAAGGACAAUCGGCGCUCAUAGACUCAGCCAGUUUGCUAUCCGAUGACGAUGACCACAGUCGUCACGAUGCAUUUUCGUCUGGCAUUCCACCUAGUGUUCAGGAUGGGACUUGGUAUAUGCGGCCACCGAGUAGCAACUAUACUGAUAGCUUUUAUCAACCAAGUGCGCGCGAACCCUCAGGUUUGCAGGAGUCAAUCUCAGUUCCGACAGACGCCCGGUCUAAUGGGCGAAGAUCAAGUGGUAUCCUCCAUAGCAACUAUCCUCGGACCAAUAUCAACUCAGACAUGAGCUGGUUGAAUUUACACGCAGACAAAUAA